CCUCAGUCUAUUCAGCCUUUCAUAAUCUUGGUUUGGCUUUGAUGGCUCCUAAGGUGGACUUUUGGUGUGCAACCGAUUUACAAAAAAACAUGACUGACCAUUGUUAUGCUGAUAUUAAAAAAACAAUUCCUUGUACAAAAUGGGUUUACGCCGAGUCCUUUUUAACCAAAACGAUAAUUUCAGAGUGGGAUUUGGUUUGUGAUCGAGCUUGGCUUGUUUCAAUCACUCAAUCACUCUACAUGUGUGGAAUGACAAUCUCUGCAUUGCUGUGUGGUCAUUUCUCAGACAAAUAUGGUCGACUUCCAGUCUUAUGGACAGCAGUGGUUACUGAGAUAGUUGCUGGACUUUCUUGUGCUUUUUCAAUAUCAAUCUAUCAAUACAUGAUUUCAAGGUUUGUCCUUGCCAUCGGAGCUUAUGGAAGAUAUUUAACUGGUUUCAUGUUAGUUAUUGAAACGACUGGACCCGAGUAUCGAGCUACUAUGGGCAUUGUUUGCCGAUUUGGUUGGGCUUUGGGUUGCUUCAUAUUACCAGGAAUUGUUUGGCUAUUUGAUAAUUGGCGGCACGCUCAAUUAGCAUUUACUUUGCCUGAGAUACUUUGGAUACUCUGGUUAUGUCGUAUUCCCGAGUCUCCUCGAUGGCAAUUAGCUAAAGGUAACAGUGAGAAAGCUCAAGAAGAACUGAGAAGAGCUGCCGAACUCAAUAAAAGACGAUUAACUGGAAUAGAAGAUAAAUUGGAAGAACUAAGAGAUAGAUUUGAAAAGACAAUAGACAAGUCAUGCGAUCAUUUGAUCGCGACAAACUUAUGA